UGCUUCUGCUUCUGCUUCUCCCAGACAGAGAGAGAAACAGAUAGAGAAAUGGAGGAUGUGGUUAUAGCUGGGGCAGGGAUUGCAGGGUUGGCGACUGCAGUGGCGCUCAAGAGAGCUGGAGUUGAAGCGUUGGUGUUGGAGAGAUCAGAAGGCCUCAGAGCCACGGGCGCAGCUUUAACACUUUUCCCCAACGCUUGGGUUGCCCUUGAUGCCUUGGGCAUUUCUCAAAACCUCGCUCCCCUUUAUGCCCCGACCAAAAAGGGAUAUGUAACCAACCUGGAUACUGGAGAAAUCCAAGACAUUUCUUUCGUCGCCUCCAAUGGUGAUCUAGUUGGACCAAGAUCAGUACACCGGAAAGCCUUACUCAAUGCUUUGGCAGAUCAAUUGCCGAUUAAUUCAAUCCGUUUCUCUUCCAAGCUCAAUGCUAUUGAGACCCAAGAACAUGAAGGUUCAUCCAUUUCCAUUAUUCACAUGGCAGAUGGGACUGUCAUCAAAGCAAAGGUUCUGAUAGGCUGUGAUGGGAUGCACUCAGUGGUGGCACGCUGGUUAGGACUUGCUGAACCGGUCUAUUCAGGUCGAUCAGCGGUUCGUGGCUUGGCUGUGUUUCCUCAAGGCCAUGGACUGGACAACAACGUGCAACAAUAUAUAGGACUAGGAAGAAGGGCUGGUUUUGUUCCCCUCACUGACAAAGAGAUCUAUUGGUUUUUUACUUACACCUCUCCAGCUAAAGGGGCAGAUAUGGCAGAUGAACCCGAAGUUAUAAAAAGAGAAGUGAUUGAGAAUUAUGCCAAGGACCUUCCUCCUAUAUACCUAGAUGUUGUGCAGCACUCGGAUCUUUCGACAUUGACAUGGGCUCCACUAAUGUUCAGGUAUCCAUGGCAUGUAGUUUUUGGGAACUUAAACAAGCAAAAUAUCACGGUGGCUGGUGAUGCCAUGCACCCCAUGACACCUGAUUUAGCACAAGGAGGUUGCUCAGCAUUAGAAGAUGCAGUGGUUUUAGGCAGACACAUAGGGAAGUCCUUUAUACAAAAUGGACGACUGGUGCCAAAAGAGAUGGCGGUUACAAUUGGAAAAUAUGUGGAAGAAAGAAGGUGGCGCGUUGCUUUGUUGAUCGCAGGUUCAUAUUUAUCAGGAUGGGUGCAGCAGGGACGGUCUGGAUGGGGUAUGAAGUUCUUGAGGGAUGCCUUAUUUUACAGGUUCCUUUACCCUAAAAUUAUUAAAUUUACAAGUUAUGAUUGUGGAAAACUUGAUUUCUAGUGCAUUUCACUGUGGACAAGAAUCAAUAUAUAAACUAAGUUCCCUCCUCUGGGGAAAGAAAUUAUUGAUGCCCUCCUCCCCAGUUUCCCAAGGAU